AUAAAAUAAAGUAAAUUACAGUUAGCCCUUAUCACUAUGCCCUAAUUUGUCUCUCUCACUAAGGUUUCUUUCUCUCUCUUCUCUCUCUCACUCCGACACCGUCCGAAAGCUUAAAUUCGCCGCCGUUUCUUCCUACCAUCGCCAUUCGCCAUUGUCGGAGGGUUUUAGAGUUCAAUCAUGGAGCACGACAAUGUCGACUUGGAACACGAGGUCAAGACCAAAAAGCACAAGGGGAAGCAUGAUAAGCCCAAGCCUUGGGAUGAUGAUCCCAACAUCGACCGCUGGAAGGUUGAGAAAUUCGAUCCUUCUUGGAACGAAGGGGGCAUGCUCGAAGUGUCAACCUUUUCCACCUUGUUCCCUCAGUACUUAGAAAAAUAUUUGCAGGAAAGUUGGCCUAAGGUGAAAUCUGCUUUGAAAGACCAUGGUGUUUCGUGUGAACUAAAUCUGGUUGACGGUUCUAUGACAGUUACAACUACCAGAAAGACUAGAGACCCGUAUAUAAUUGUCAAGGCUAGGGAUCUUAUUAAGCUUUUGUCAAGAAGUGUGCCUGUUGCUCAGGCUAUAAAAAUACUGAACGAUGAAAUGCAAUGUGAUGUCAUCAAGAUUGGGAAUUUGGUUCGGAAUAAGGAACGGUUUGUUAAACGAAGGCAACAUCUUAUCGGUCCCAAUUCUUCCACUUUAAAGGCACUUGAAAUACUAACUGGAUGCUAUAUUCUGGUUCAAGGAAACACUGUUGCUGCCAUGGGUUCAUUUAAAGGUUUAAAGCAAGUUAGGAAGAUAGUGGAAGAUUGCAUUCAAAAUAAAAUGCAUCCCGUGUACCAUAUUAAGAUUUUGAUGAUGAGGAAAGAGCUUGAAAAAGAUCCUGCUCUUGCAAAUGAAAACUGGGAUAGGUUUCUUCCAAAAUUCAAGAAGAAAAAUGUUCAGCAAAAGAAAGUUAAAAGUAAAGAGAAGAAACCAUAUACACCAUUCCCUCCUCCUCAACAACCUAGCAAGAUUGAUAUGCAAUUGGAAACUGGAGAAUAUUUCUUGAGUGACAAGACAAAAUCAGCAAAGAAGUGGCAGGAGAAGCAGGAGAAGCAAGCAGAAAAGACUGCCGAAACCAAAAGAAAACGAGACGCUGCAUAUAUUGCACCCGAGGAACCCAUAAAGCAAGAUAGCAAUGUAAAAACUAAUGACAAGGAAGAUGUGGCUGCAAUGGCUACUUCCUUAAAGAAAAAAGCUAAGGAGUUUGGAAAACAAAAAUUGGCUGAAAAUGUGGAUGCAGAGGCAUAUAUAGCAGAAGCCGGAGGAGAAAAACCUAAGAAAAAGAAAUCCAAACACAGGCAUUCUUAACUAAGCAUCUUAUGAUGGAUGGCGGUUCCAUUGUAACCGAAAACCAACAUGGUUUCAAGAUAUGUUUUUAGGGACUGAUUUUUAGUACUGUAAAAGUUUUGACCGAUCUAAAAAGUGUAGCUUAAAUGGUCAAAAUGUUUUGAAUCUCUAUUAGGUGUUUACAUGGUAAUUGUUAUAGUUUUUUCUGGUCUCUGUAAGGACAAGAGUCUAGUUAAAAAGAGAAAAAGACUGUUUGAAACGAGUUAUGGUUUUUAUUACUUUCUCUACAAAAAAAUGAACUAUUGCCAGGCA